CCUCUCGCAGAGCGCGUCGCACGUCCGAGUACCGGCCGCCGCCCGUCAUCAGUAGUCGCCGUACCGCGCAGCCACGUAACCUCUCACCUUCUCCUUAGUUUUUAGUAGUCAGUAGUAGGGGAGAGUGUGGAAAGAAAGAGGAGAGAGAGAGAGAGAGAGAGUGAGAAAGAGAGGGAGAGAAAGUGAAAGAAGGAAAAAACAGAAGAGGAACAACGAGAAACCGAUUGAGAAAAAGGGAGAAACGAGAGGUCGACAGCCCGGUUUUUCAUCGUUGUGAUCUGUACUCCUUGUUGCCGUCGUUGCCGACGUCGUCGUCGUCGUCGUCGUCGCUAUCGCCGCCGCCACCACCGUCGUCGUUGUCGUGGUCGCCGUCGUCGUGAUCCGGCUCGGCGCGACCAACGCGGUUAUUCCGUCGACUCGUUAAAAAAAAAAAUUUUUUUUAAAAGUGCGAGCGUGAAACGUACGCGCGUACGUUUCCGACACGUACCACCGUCCUCAUCGUCGACAAUCGUGCAGAAGCUCGUUGUCGUGUGUUGUCUCGCGCGAUAACCAGUAUACGCGCACCCUCCGAAAGCGGCAAGUAGAUUCGGACAACGAGGGAAGCGUACAGGGGUGAGAGAGAGAGAGAGAGAGAAAGAGAGAUAUAUAGAUAGAUAGAUAGAGAUAGAAAGAGACAGGUGAACAACAGAGGAGAAGAGGCGCGAGAGUUGUUUUUCAAGGGACAAGGAUCAACGGGGAAACCGUGAGCGUAAAAGUUGCGUGAAAGUGCGUGUCGUGACAUUGGAAGCGUUGACACCAGUAUCGAGACGUUGUUUGUCAUCGACAAGCGAAACGGAGCGUCGUUCGUCCGACGACAAGAUCAAAGGCGGAAGAGCGAGUACCAAGACGGCCAUCGGCGAGAUCGGCUAUCAUUGCCACUAGCACUAGUGUUAGCAUUGCUACUGCAAUCCCGGACACGCGAGGGAGCGUUGCCAUAACAACGAUCCGUGCGCCGCGCGUCGCUAUGGAGCCCCAAAAUCAGGAAAUCGUAGCGAGCGGUUCGCCAGCCGAGGUGCCGAAUGAUCCAGGGAAAAUGUUCAUCGGUGGUCUAUCUUGGCAGACCAGUCCAGAGAGCCUCAGGGAGUACUUCACCAAGUAUGGGGACAUCACAGAAGUCAUGGUCAUGAAAGAUCCCACCACGCGACGAUCAAGGGGCUUUGGAUUCAUCACGUUCGCAGAUCCCGCGAGUGUGGACAAAGUGCUGGCACAGGGUAAUCACGAGUUAGACGGCAAGAAAAUCGACCCGAAGGUAGCGUUUCCCAGGAGAACACACCCAAAGAUGGUGACGAGGACAAAGAAGAUAUUCGUCGGUGGACUAUCGGCACCGACGACGCUGGAGGACGUCAAAAACUACUUCGAACAAUUCGGCCCGAUCGAGGAUGCCAUGCUGAUGUUCGACAAGCAGACCAACAGGCACAGAGGCUUCGGCUUCGUCACGUUUCAAAGCGAGGACGUGGUCGACAAAGUCUGCGAGAUUCAUUUCCACGAAAUCAACAAUAAAAUGGUCGAGUGCAAGAAAGCACAGCCGAAGGAAGUGAUGCUCCCGACGAACCUGGCGAAGACGCGAGCGGCCAACAGAGGCGCAUACGAUUUUAUGUGGUCCCUGGCAGGAUUACCCGAUGGUUUCCCAGCGGCGGCGUACACGGCAUACGCGGCAAGCCGCGGCUAUUCUGGGUACCCUAGUUUCGGACUGCCCUACCCGACAGGAGUGCCGGCAGUGUACUACCACGGAACCGGAAGCGAGAACGCAAGCCGCGCGUAUACGGAGACACCGAUGCAACACGUCCAACGGGCUGCACUCCGGAAGAAAUUGGAUCUAACCAACGGACAGCUCACCCCCAACAACAACACGCCCUUGCUCACGCAAGCACUUUCUGUGAUGAACAACUACCAGGCGGCCGCAGCGCAGGCCGGAUUUCCGCCGGCGUCGCCGCACGCGGCCGGCGGCCACGGUGGGCCACAGGGCCGAUCUUUUCCUGCGGCCAACUCGCCGGGCCCCAUCGACAUGUAUAGUUCAAGUGCCGCAGCCGCAGCAGCAGCCGCAGCCGCUGACUCCGCAGUCGCCAGCUACGUCCAGGCCGCAGCUAGCCCGCAGCCCCCUACGACCGCGUUCCCUGCGAUCGCCGUGUCCCGUGCCCCGCUCAACUACAGUCCCGGUCCUCUAAUACCAGCGGCGUUCACUAAUGGCUACCAUUGAGCCUUGUUAAGACCUAAUAACAGGAUGGACGAGAGGGCAGAGCGCAGCACGGUCGACUGACGGUACAAUGAACGAUGUAUAUGCCUUGGACAAACUUUGCACGAUGAACGAUCUCUGGACAGAAGAGGAUGACCAUCACGUAUCUUACCAUCAUCGGGCGAAAGGGAUCGUGUUUAGGUAGAAGAAUAAUGGUUUUCAUCGGUAGAGCUUGCGGAUGCGACCGAUCAUAGUCAACGAUGUAACCGAUCAAGAAAAUGUAACACGAUCUUCAAACGAUUCAAACGAGAAAAUCAAAGACGAAGGCAGUUUGACAGGGAAAAAUGGAAAAAAAAAAUAAAAAAAUAAAAAAUAAAAUAGGGAAGCACAAAAAGAAGAUGAGUAAAAGAAUAGAAAGAAUACGACGAAGGUAAAAAUUGUACAUCCGAUACGCGUCCAGAAAGCUUGCGAGGUAAACGAAAAUGGCGGAUAGUGAGAGAGAAUGUAAGAGAAAUUUCGAAGGGCAGAAGCUGCGUACAGCUAGAUACGGCCGAAACUGCGUAUUGAUGCCCGUUCUCCGACAUUAAUAAAAAAUAAUCUAAUAAUAAUGAAUUAAAUUAAUAUUAUUAAUUGCUAAAUAAUUAAGCGUCUAAGUCUAGAAUAUAAAAAUAUUAUAUAUAAAAUAUAAAUAUAUAUAUAUAUAUAUAUAUAUAAAUAAUUGAUAAAAUAUUAGACGAUAACGUAUGAUCUUUAGUAUUUAAGAGACAGACGAACGCAGAGGAAGAAAUACCAACUUAUACACGAUUAUUAUUAUGAUUACUGGUUAUUAUAUAUAUAUAUAUAUAAAACAUUAUGAGGAUUCUAAUGAUUAACAAAAGCAAAAAACAAACUGAUGGAUGGUGAGUGCGCGAUGCAAGUACGAGCGCGUUCACUCAAUAUACAUAUAUAUAUAUAAAUAUAAAUAUAAAUAUAAAUAUAAAUAUAAAUGCAAAUAUAAAUACAAAUAUAAAUAUGAAUAUAAAUAAUUAAAAAAAAAUAUAAUUAUUAGACGCGUACACGUUCGCACCCGGGAAGAGAAGGCGAAUCUGUCCGAGGAUUUUUCAGUUUCUAAGCGUGCGUGGAAACGGAGAACAAGCGUUAGAGAUUUUUUCCGAGUAAUGUGGCGAGUCGCGAAUUGCAUGUCGCGAGUCGACUGCAACAGGGGAGUUGAAACCCUGAUGUGUAAAGGGCGGUUGGGUGGGAUUAGGAGAUGAUGAUGAGGGCACUAUGCAUGCCAGAGUGGCUUCGCCCUUUUUUCCACCCCUUUCUUUUCUUCCUUUCUUUUUUGCGCGCGCGCGCGUGUACGCCACUUGUCAGCGUGCUCUUUGCCGACUGAAUGCCGGAAUGGCACUUCUUUCUCGCCCCGGCGUCGUCGAACCACUUUUCCCCUUUUUCCCGGGUGCGCAACGAGGGAGUGACGCGAGGAGACGAAUGAAGAGCGAGGAGAGCGAGGCUACGCAUAUAGACGUAGACGGACGCGUGUUGCACGGAUGACGCGAAACUGUUUGCAUUGCUUGUCGCACGAGGAACAAACAGAAAGACGCGAAACUUCGAGACCAGAUCGGCGAAGAUCCGUUUGCGAUUCGCUUUCGAGACGAUACACACGUAUGAUCGGUGAUAAGGAAAGGCAAGCCAUGGUCAUCGAAACGGUGAGAUUUUUAAUUAGAUUCACAGGGUCGCGAGACGGGGAUCGAGCAAGUGUCCCGAGCGUUUUAUCGUCGAAAGUCUGGCCUCGUUCGAUGCCGAAACGAUGACCGUUGAAUUUCAUCGGCUAUUGUAUAGCUGUCCAAUCGAUUACUUGCAUUAACCACGGUACAUACAUACAUAUUACCCUUACACGAAUUAUUGUAUCAUUGAUUUACCAUAACGGCGUAUAUGCAUGAUCCUAUGGAGGAGUCAGCCGGAUACGUGACCCGACGUUCAUCGACACGCAUUUCGUACACGUUCACCGUAUAAUACAACACCGCCAGACACACACAAAAAGAAACACACGCACGUACACGUGCAACGUGUACAUAAUACACUGUCACACACGUUUUAGACGCCUAAAACGAUCGCACGCUUUCACACGCGUCGGCGGCUUUUUAAACGAAUUAUCUACACGAAUAGGAACAGAGAACACAGAACCGCGGGUGAGGGAACCAUAGGUAAACCAUGAAGUUACGCGAAACAAGAUGCAUUCAAAGGAUAAGGAAAAGUAUAUUAAAUACAUACAUAAUAAAUGUGUAUGCAAUUAUUAUACCGUGCGUCCGCAUAUGUACAGAGCGUUAGUUAACGGCGAGAUCGCGUAUCGCCAAUUAAAUGCGCCCAGUGCGUGAGUCAAAGCGGAAACGAGAGGAGCACGUUUACAGAAAAUAAAAAUGAACGAUACUCCGACACGAAGCGAGAUUUUGUGCGUCUGUGAGCCGGAUGUGUGAGAGAACGGGAGGGAGAGAGACAUGUGUGUGCGAGAGAGAGAGAGAGCGAGAGAGAGUUUAUUUAAGACACAUUUAGGAUUUACUAAACACACGGUCAUCUUAAAAUGCCAUUUCGCGACAAAACAAAUAAAAAAAUGGUAAAUUUUAAGCGGGGCUAGCGAGGAAAGACGUAGACGUGAGAGAAACAUUAUAUCGUGUAACGUAGCCUUAAUCGCGGAACGACUGGACACCAAAUUCUUGCGUUCUUUCGCGCUUCGAGUAUUCUUUAAUUGGACGAGCUAACGGCGAGAAUGAUUAUUCGUCAUUGAUUUAGGUUUAGCGUACCGUGAAGUUUUUAAAUAUCGUACGGGAAACAGGGAGUCAUGGUCCGUUGCUCUUUCUUGCUAAAAAUACCUUUAUUAGACUUUGUAGCCGUCGGAGGACAGUUUCGAUUCAGAUGCGUCGCGACGCCGGAACCCUCCUGAUUCCGGACGAGAACAAGAUACCGUCGAAGCGCGUUACCAAUCUCGCGUACCGAUUCGUACAUUUUGUUGAUCAAUCCCGUUCCCUACGAUACUAUUAUUACUGUUAUUCAAUUCACCAAGUGAAAAUCAACGAGCGAUUAAUUAUAAUUACGAAACGACGGUUACACGUGCGACAAUUCUAGUACGGUUAUUAUUGUAUUCAACAACAGGGUAAACAAACAAAAAAAAAAGGGAUGACCUUUAAUUGGGACGCGUGUCACGUCGAACGGCGGCCAUUUUGUUUUCCUGUGCGCGGGUGUGCGUGCACGCAAAUGAAAAAAAAUACCAAAAAGCUAAAAAAAUAAAAAAAAAAUACUGAAGAUAAAAUGAACGAAUGAAACCGAAUAAAUAAAUGAGUCAAUUCUUACGAACGUUAGCAAUACAUCGUCAUGACCAUAAAGGAUUAAAUGGCAAAUAAUGAUCGAAGAACAAAAGAAAAUAAUAUAUAACGAUUAAACUAUAGCGCGAAUAAACUAUGUACUUUUAAGUUGGUGACCCGUACGUGCACGGCGAGUGAUCUCGUUCGUUUUGGAAAUGUUGAAAGGAAAAGAAAAA